AAGCAGGCAGGGAGCUGAGCCAGGCAUGUGUCAGUGCACCCUGCAGGGAGAGGGGCAGUGCCGCACAGACCUGCUCUAGCCCACAGAGGAAGCUGAAUCACCUGCAACUCUCACCUCCUGCUGGUGCAUCACAGACCUCAGCUGAUUGCUCCGGACUGGAGAAUACACUUGAACUUUUUUUUUAUAUUUGUUGAAGCUUCUUUAUUUUUGAAUCUGAGUGACAUAACCAUGGAGUUAGUUUUGAGCGUGUUGUUUGUUUGUUCCUUAUUCAUGACGGCUGCUGGGGAUUAUGAUGGAAGGUGGCCAAGGCAGAUUGCGUCUGCUACAGGACUGUGCAGAUACGGUAAUAGAAUAGAUUGCUGCUGGGGAUGGGCACGCCAGUCUUGGGGCCAAUGCCAACCUUUCUACUACGUCUUAAGGCAGAGAGUAGCCAACGUAAGGUGUCGUACACAAGCCAUCUGUCAGCCAGCGUGUAAACAUGGAGAUUGUAUUGGCCCUAACAAGUGCAAAUGUCACCCCGGAUACACUGGGAAAACCUGCAAUCAAGAUCUGAAUGAAUGUGGUCUAAAACCUCGGCCUUGCAAAUACCGUUGUAUGAACACAUAUGGAAGCUACAAAUGUUACUGCCUGAAUGGUUACAUGCUCAUGCCCGAUGGAUCGUGUUCAAAUGCACACACUUGUUCCAUGGCAAACUGUCAAUACGGCUGUGAUAUAGUGAAGGGAGAAGUGCGCUGCCGAUGCCCCUCCCCAGGUCUGCAGCUUGCGUCAGAUGGAAGAACGUGUGUAGAUGUUGAUGAAUGUGCGACUGGAAAAGCUGUUUGUCCGAGAUUCAGAAAAUGUGUCAACACGUUUGGGAGCUACAUUUGCAAGUGCCACGCUGGGUAUGACCUCAUACAUGCUGCUGGGAAAUAUCAGUGUUUUGAUAUUGAUGAAUGUUUCACCGGUCAAUAUCAGUGCAGUAAUUAUGCACGCUGCUAUAAUACACCAGGAUCUUACAGGUGUAAAUGCAACGAAGGGUACAGAGGAAGUGGAAUUGAAUGCACACCAAUCCCAAGAGUUAUGAUUGAACCAUCAGGUCCAUAUAACUUUAUACCAGGUAAAGAUAAUAAUAGGAAUCCAAUAAGAGGAAGUGGCAACAAUUUCAGUGGCAGUGAAGGAAGCAGCAACAGGAUUCCAGACUUUGGUGGCAAAGGACAUCAGAAUCCCCCUUCACAACCCUUUUUUACAGCAAAGCCUAGUCCAAAGGCCACAUCAAGGCCAACUACAAGACCAUUACCCAAGCCUGUGACAACACCUACUCCAAAGCCAACAACAAGACCUCCUCCUAGGCCUUUUACUAGGCCUCCACCCAAACCUGUGCCCAGGACCACACCUCAACCUGUGACAAGGCCAGUGACCAAACCAGUGACGAGGCCACCACCCCCGCCAGUGACCACUCCAGCUCCGAAACCGCAAACCACCACUACCGCACUUAUAACAACAAGGCAAGCAGUUGUUAACACAGAACUUGAUAGAUAUAUCACAUUAGUCACUAGAGCUCCAGAUGAUAACAGGAUUCAAUCAGAGCCUGAUAAACCAAGAGGAGAUGUAUUCAUUCCACGUCAUGGAGUGCAAAAUAACAUCUUUGAUACGUUUGAAAUUGAGAGAGGACUCAGCGCAGAUGAGUAUGAAGCCAAUGAUGAUCCAGGUGCUUUGCUUCACAGCUGUAAUUUCGAUAAUGGUCUUUGCGGUUGGAUAAGGGAUCGAGAUAAUGAUUUACAUUGGGAGCUUGUUAGAGAUAACUCAGGUGGGCAAUACAUGGCGGUCAUGGAGCCAAAAGAUCAGGCUGGAAAAGUGGCACGUUUGGUUCUUCCUUUAGGACAGUUGGUAUCUUCUGGGGAUCUGUGCCUGUCAUUCAGACAUAUGGUAUCUGGGCACCAAGCUGGGAAACUCCAAGUCUUUGUACGAAAAAACAAGUCUCAUGGAUCUACAGUAUGGGCAAGGAAUGGGGGUCACGGAUGGAGAGAAACACACAUAAGCAUCAGAGGGCAAGAUAUCAAAAGUAUUGUUUUCAAAGGAGAAAGAGGGAAAGCUAGAACAGGACAAAUUGGACUUGAUAAUGUCAUUCUGAAGAGAGGGCAUUGCCCUGAAGUACAGUAAAAUAAAGCUCAGCUACACCACAGUGUUGAGCUACCCACUGAAAACUAGUGAGGGAAUCCACGCGUUUCACCCCCACUGUAGUAAAUUGUGAGGAAUGCUGAACAUUCAAAGAAAAGUGAUUUCCCCAGUCUUCCCUCACGUGUAAAAUAAAAUGACAACGGGCACAAGGACUUUAUAAGAAAACAUUGUGUUUCCAGAUUAUACUUUUCUGAUGCUUUAUAUUUUAUACACUGCCCAAGAGCAUUUUGCGGAGGGCACUAAAGAAGCACAGACCAGAAGAACCGCCCUCACUCAGAUGUUACAUUUAUCUCUUCAAAAGUAUUGCGGGAUAUUUUGUGCUCAAGCUUAAAAGAGAACAGGAACAAUGAUAUUCAAUGGUUAUUAAUAGGUUAAAUGUCACCAUAAGUAACAGAAUUAAAUGCUAUGUACAUGCUUAUUGUAUACUUAAAUAUUUAUAUUUUGCAAAGAGCAUUGGGCUCUGCAGAAAACCUAAGCAUUUUAAUUGUGGAAUAUUUUGUGAAUAAAUUAUAUUAUUUGAUAUCCAAGGUCAAACCUUAAAUGGUUAGUCUGCAAAUGGGCACGAACGUUGCUGGAAUCUUGGUUUGGUGCUUUUAAAAAGUGUAUGUGAUUUUAGAAAUUUGCCUUUUUUUAAAAAAAAUAUUUUCACAUCUUUGUAUCCUGGCUUUGUACAUAUAUUUCAGUCCCAUUUGGAUUUAAUUAUAUUGAUUUUAGUUUAUUUGA